GAGCAGAAGUGCGCCGCCGAUGAGCGCGAGAGGCAGACACAGCUGGAGAGUCAGGACGCAAUUGCAGAGGAGCAAGCAAAGCUCGAGGAGGCCAGGAGGCAGGCGUGGUCUGCACAUGAGGUUGGCCCCAUCGAAGUCGAUGACAGCCAAUCCCCCGCUACGCAGGCAAGCCCUCCGCAGGCUAUGAGCUUUAAAGCAGCGCUUGCUGAGGCGAGGAUCUACGACGUGGGCGGCUACUCGCAGCUGAACGAGCCAGAGGUCCAGGCGCGGCGUGCAGCGGCAGGCUACCCGCCCGUUGGCGAGGAGCUGCCUGCAGGAUGGGGACCAUCGGGCGCUGCAGGUAGCGCCGCAGGUGCGACGGGCGCAGCAGGAGCGACGGGCGCUGCAGGAGAGACGGGCGCAGAAGGAGCGACGGGCGCUGCAGGAGAGACGGACGCAGCAGGAGAGACGGGCGCCGAGGCAGAUGCGCCGACGGAGGCUCAGAGUGACGCGACUGCAGAGGCGACGGGCGAGCCCCCAGCUGAGCAGCCAGAGCCUUCGAGGACAGGGCCAGGCAAGCGCGGCAAGGGCCGCAAGAGCGGCAAGGGCCAGUGGGAGCGCAACCUUGCUCCACUCACCUACCUUCUCCACCUCUUCGCGCCCGUGCCCACCCCUUGGUACCUCGCGCUCGGGGCGAUCGAGGACGGGGAGGAGCACCUGAAGAAGCUGAUCAAGGAUCGCGGCGCAGGGCACAGGAGCCACCCGUGCCACCCGCCCAAGCAGCAGGGCGGCGAGCCGACCCUUCAGUCGGUCGCAGGCGCGCGCGGCACCAGGGGCGAGAUCGAGUCGAUCCGAGCGGUGGAGCAGAACAACUGCAAGUUCAACAAGGGGUCGGCGCUCGGGCUGCGAUGGGAUAGGCGAAUGAAAGAUCAAAAGUUCGCGGCGGACUACCGCGCCGCCCCCGACCAGGAGAAGUUCAAGGCCGACUGGGUGAAGGACAUCUACGCUGGGGCCGUGAAGAAGCACAGGGUGCACGUCCAGGAGGCCUCGGAGGAGUGGAUCAAAGAGGGCCGAAUGCUGAGCUUCCUCAAAAUGUGCGAGGUAGAAGGCGGGCCCACUGGGCACAAAGACCGCGCCACGGUGAAGGCGAUGCUGACGGUCUGCAGCAAGUGCGUGGACCUCGGCUGGCCCUUCUGCCAGGUCGACCCGUGGUCAGGGGCCCAGAAGUACAUGUACUUCGAGCUGGUCUACAGAGAGUCGUUCUUGCAGAAAUGGAGCGAGGUCACCACGCAGACCGAGAAGGAGGAGACGCCAGCUGCAGCUGCUGUCGUGGCCAGGCCCAAGGCUAUGAAGUCAACGCAGACCGACCCGAGCGUGAAGGCCAUGAGGGACGCCAAGCAGUUCAUCGCCAAGGCGCAGGGGGCGUUGUCGGCUGCGCGCUCCCUGAAGCACACCAUCAACGAUGGCGACGCGUCUUGGAACUGGGCCAAGCCAGACCAGGUGAACGCGCUGAAGACGAUUACCAUCAAGCUCAAUAGGGACAUCAAAGCCGUGGAGCUCGGCUCGAUGCUGAUGAGCGGCCUCGACGCGCUCAAGGUGAAGACGAAGUUGGACUCGAAGGCGAUCCAGGAGCAGGGCCAGCAGCUCAAG